UUGUGGAUCUGUUACAGGUCUUUGCGCUUGUGCGGUGAGAAAUAUUGACACAGAAACAGCCACUUUAGGCUUUUAUUUUGUAGGGGAUUAACUAUUAGACCGAGUUUUUGUAGAAUUUAAACUUUUUAGACGCUGUCUUCCUAUUUCUGUCGCCUUAACAACGCCUGUUGUGUUUCUCAUCUCCAUUCGGCCAUCUCGACACAUUAAGGAGGAUGUCACUCUACACAUGGAGACUUACAGGAUGACCAAACUGGUGUUUUACUAGAAUUAUCUGGGCGGGAGACAAGCUGAUCGGUGUGAUGAAGGAUAGACUGGCUGAACUGACUGCUAGCAGGACACGAGCAGAGGAGGAUGUUGCAGUCGUAGUGGACAGAGAUGGCUUCAUGGAGAGCUUUUUCAGAAGGGUGGAAGAAGUCAGGGGACUUCUUGAUAAGAUCUCCUACCAAGUGGAAGAGGUGAGGAAGAUGCACAGCAUGAUCCUGUCUGCACCCAACCCACAUGACAGAACAAAGGACCAACUGGAUGCACUGACCAACGAUAUCAAAGGGAAUGCCAAUGUUGUGCGAACUAAACUGAAAUCCAUGGAGCACAGUAUGCCCAAAGAUGAUGUAGCUAACAGAUCCUCUGUUGACUUCAGGAUCCAGAAAACGCAGCACACUGUGCUGUCCAGGAAGUUUGUGGAGGUCAUGACCCAGUACAAUGAGACACAAGUGUCCUUUCGGGAAAGAAGCAAAGGAAGGAUCCAGAGACAGCUGGAGAUAACUGGAAGACUGACCACUAAUGAGGAACUAGAGGACAUGCUAGAAAGUGGAAAUCCAUCUAUCUUCACAUCUGAUAUAAUUUCUGAUUCCCAGAUUACACGUCAGGCCCUUAAUGAGAUCGAGUCACGUCACCAGGACAUCAUGCGCCUGGAGUCGAGCAUCAGAGAGCUCCAUGCCAUGUUCAUGGACAUGGCAAUGCUGGUAGAAACCCAGGGGGAUAUGGUUAACAACAUUGAAACGAAUGUCUCAAAUGCAGCCGAAUACAUUUGUAGUGCAAAAGAAGAGACCAAAAAGGCAGUGAGGUACCAGAAAAAGUCACGCAGGAAAUACAUUAUCCUUGCCUUUGCUCUCUUGAUCCUGCUUGCUGUCAUUGCACUAAUUGUUGGCCUGUCUGUUGGACUAACCAAACCUCCUGUAUGAGAACUACUGUGAUUACUGCGUGAGAAACGUCUCUGCCUUGCCAUGUGUGGAGCUGCAGGUUUACUCCUUUUAAUCAUCAUAAUAGUUGGAGUCUUUGAGUGACGUAUUUCACGAGUCACACACUCAUAGCACUCAGCUGUGGUUGGCUCCUGUAAUGAGAAAACUUAAUAGAACAGGUUCAAAAUAAGUCAUUCACGAUGUUACAGCAUUACAGAGAGGAUCUCUUGACCAUGCUGAAGAAAGUAUAAUAUGUGCGAUCCACUUUGCAACAUCAGACCUCAUGAUACACUGUUCUGGAGCAAUUCCAUACAGCUAGAACAAAGCAUCCUGUCAGCAAACAUCCUUUUCCUUGAAUGGAAUAUAAUACACUGGAAGCACAUGAUGUUUAUACAUUGGUGUGUGUCCUGUAUUGCUGCUGUUUUUUCAUGUUAAGUAUCACUCUCAGACAUUUCUUGGUCUAAUGACUGUAAAGGAUAUCUUGGAAAUAAGCUAAUAGAGACAGAGCAGAGUGCGUCAUACUCUGAAAACCAUGCCCACAGGAGGGGAAAACUAUUGGUGCUACAAUAUGCCACCAAAGACUAAAACGCUAAUAUAAGAUCUAUAGCUAGCUUAAAACAUUAGAUUUAAAAGUGUCAAAUUAUUACCUUAGCACCUAUGUCUACCAGAGAGGACAGGUUAGCUGUUAGUAAGCUAAUGUUAGCUUUGUUAACGGCACUUACAAACAUAAUACUGCAUAGCUUUCUGAUUUAUCCAUAUUCAACUAUAACACAAGUUGCAUACUGGCAAAAUGCUUUAGCUUAAUUAACAUAAAUACAGUUAGCUUAAAACUGACACUUGGAUAUUUAAAUUAGUCACAAAAUGCUUGUUGCACAUGUAAUGUUAGGCAUACUGACUCUAGUCUGAGCCAGUUUCCCCCUUCUUACUGUUGUUGCUUCACAUCUCAUAUCCUGUAUCCACUUUUGUCCUCCUAAAGACUCAACUUUUACAUUCCGCAGCUUGUAAAACAAUAGUUAUGGAUUCUUUACCCUGUUGCCAGUUUAUCCCACCACACAGCACUUUUCCAUUGUUUGCUAGCAGACAGAAUUGACAGGGUUUACCGUAACACAAAAUCAAUGAAAAGCUAUAAAUUAUUAUUAAUUAUUUCCCCCUCAAGUGUGGACAGGAUUGACUUCUUACUGAGAGUUAAAUAAGAAGAUUUAUAGCAUUCAUGCCAUAAAUGUAGCCUAAAUAUGAAGCUGGUGACAGAAAACCAUCUAGCUUGUCUCGGCCCAAACCAACAAAUAUGGCACGCGAUAGGCUUACAGGCUAUUUGUCAAAUUUUGUGAAUUUUUUUCUAAUUCUGUGGUGCAAAACUAUUUAUUGGCCGGGCACAAGUGAUUUCCAGGAAUCUUGUCAUUGUGAUGUUGCCAGGAAACUAUCGAAGGCGCCAGGAAGUAAAUUUUCCUGGCACAUAGCCCCUGCUAAAACCCACAGUGUGUCAUUUUUACACUUUGUUUGUGUACAGGUUAAACAAACAAGAUAUUUGUGCGGUGGUUUGUGAACCCUAGAGAUGAUGGUGGGCUAAUUUUACCUUUGGAGAGCCAGGCUAGCUGUUUACCUUUACUCCCAGUUACUUUGUGCUAAGCUAAGCUAAACAGCUACUGGCUGCAGCUUCAUAAUUAGCAAAGAGACAUUACAGUGAUAUCCAUGUCAUCAUCUUACUCUAGACCAGUAGUUCUCAACCUUUUUGAGUCGCGACCCCCAAUUUAACAUGCAUGUUGUCCGCGACCCCCGCUCACUGUACAGAAUCUCACACGCACAGUUCAGAUCACCCAAAAAAGAAACAAAAUGACCAAAAAAGACACAAAUUGACAACAAAGUGAUCAAAAAAGACAAAAUGACCAAAAACGACACAAAUUGACCAGAAAAAGACACUAAAUUACCCAAUAAAGAAACAAAAUUACCAAAAGAGACACAAAAUGACUAAAAAAAGACACAAAAUGACCAAAAAAGGAAACAAAAUGACCAAAAGACACUAAAUGACCAAAAAAAGACACAAAAUGACCCCAAAAAAACACAAAACGACCCAAAAAGACACAAAACGAAAAAAAAAAAAAAUCACAAAAUGACCAAAAAAAGACAUUAAAUGACCAAAAAGACUUAAACACAUUAACACAUGAACACUUUAACACAGAGAGAGAGCUGACUUCCAAAAUUAUUUGGCGACCCCCAGAAAUCAUCUCGCGACCGCAAUUGGGGUCGGGACCCCAAGAUUGAGAAUAGCUGCUCUAGACAAUAAAGUGAAUAGGCGUUUUCCGCAAAAUGUUAAACUUCUGAUUUAUUAUUCAAAAUAUAUUGUGACAAUUGUCUUUGAUUGUAUAAUUUGUGUUUAAGUGUAUACUGCGUAUGUUCUCUUGUCAUUUUAUAUACUUACUGGAUUCAUGUGAAUUGAAUGUAAAACUACUACAGCUCAGGAGUCCUUCAGAAAUUGAAAAUUGAAAAAAAAAAUCUGUAAACAGUUAACUAUGUUUCAAUCACAAGAACUAUUUUCAGAUCAAUCAAAUGGAAUUCAUCACUUUAACUCUAAAUCAGCACCCUUACAAACGUGCCUUGUUGACAUUAAAUAUGACUUAACUUAUUGAAUAUAGAAUAUUUAUCACAGUGUGUGAUGACUGAAAUAUUUAUAGUAAAAAAAGUCAUGCUACAACGUAGGACUCUUGGACGAUGUUAUUUCAGGAGCACACAUUUACAUUUUGACACUUUUUUAUUUGUAAGUUAUUUCUUGUAUUUUAUAUUAAAACAGAAUAAUUAUGUCAUGUAAUUAAAAGAUAAAGAGAC